UUUUAGUUCCAUGAAUUCCUAUUCUCUCUUAACAUUUUUUUAUGCAUGACAUUUUAUUGGGUCAUGGAAUUUACCAUCUUGGUUUACAUUUAUGCAAUGAUGACAUAGCCUGUUCAGUGACAGAACCCCAGAUUAUUAUAUGAAGUGUUCACCCCAAACGGAUUUGUUUAAUGAUACCUGGAUAAGAAGCUUGUCUUCCAGAUGACUGAUUUAUGACUUUGUGGGGGCUGAACCUCUUGUGCUUUUUGUUAAGUAAACUUAAACACAGAUUAAAAAAAUAAAUGGAAGUCAGUUUUAGCAUUUCAGAAUCCUGGUUCCUUUUUUAGUUAAUUCCGAAGAUACACGAAACACUAUUUUCUUCGUGGGUGUUUUCUCAUAAUCUUUGCUACUUUAAUAAAGAUUAAUGCAUUUAAGCCUUAAGUUAAAAAAUUUGUUUUCAAGUAUCUCUCUUUUUAGGUGACAUGGGUAUUUCAAAAUAGAAGAUAACUUGGCUUGUAAGUUGUUCUUUCCAGUCCUGUGUUUAUUUCAUUUUUAUAUUUCUUAAAGGGCAAAGUGAGACCAAAUACAGGUAGAUUAUUAUGAAGGAGGUAUUGACUACCAAAAAAAAAAAAAGGAAAAAGAAAAGAAAAUGAAGAUUUUGCCAGAUGCAUUGUUUCCCUUGAAGAACGGGAAGAUAACACCUGCAAUACAUCAAGGAAUUGUUAAUGAUUUCUUUGUAAAAAAUAUCUUGUUGUGAGUGUUGAAAUAGGAAAUUUAUACAGAAACUUUUCUUUUUAAUCGCCCCCUUUCUCAUUCUCAAGCUGUCCUUCAGAAAAAGAUGAUUUUAAAAAUUUGCACGAUUCUGAUAUAGAAAAUAGUUUUGCUCUAUUUUAAAACCAGUUGGAGUAGAAAUGAUUCCUUUCUAUAAUUGUAUGCCAUCUAAUAUCUUUAUUUUUAAAGUAUCUAGAUGUUGUAUUUGACCAGGAAGAUAAUAUAAAUGCCAUUUAGUUUUUUUGUUUUGUUUUUUUUAGGAACUUCUUAAUGCGUGAACACAUAUUCUUGAACUUUCCUCCAAGCAAAUAGUUUUAGACAAGAGUUUAGACCUGAGGUUCUCAGAUUCCAGGAGGCAUCAGAAUCACGUGGAGUGCUUGUUAAACACAGCUUGCUGGGUUCCGCCCUGAGUUUCUGAUUCUUCAGGCCUGGGAAGGGGCCAGAAGUUACACUUCUAAAAGCUUCCUAAGUGGUGCUGAUGCUGCUGGUCCUCACCCUUGGAGAACCAAUGAUGAGGCUAUUUGGUUAAAUUAGUGGUUAUCAACCAUGUUUCGUCCCUUACACACCUGACUGAUACAACACUAAUAAUGCCCCAAUCUAGGAGUCACAGACUUUUGGGGUGGGGAUGGGCAAGGUGCAGUUGGAGUGAGCCAGAUAUUGAAAUCUUCAGGAGGUGGAUGUAGUUUGAGAAAGCCCUUCAAAGAUUGGAUGUUUUUUCUCCUGUCCUCUCCCCCUUUGAAUCUCCCUCUCUCCUCCCAGCUCGUUACAGAGUCCUGGUCUGUAAGUGAGGGUGCAUGCGGACAGAGACUGUUCAGGUCCUCUCUCAGCAAACUUAGAGAGCCUCUAGAAUCAGGGAGGAAGGCUCAGUGUUUCUCAAGGAGUUGAGAGAAAUAAGUGGUUGCAUUUCAGCAGAAGUGGGAUGCUGAGGCCAUGAACAGAAUUCUUUCUGGUAAUAAAUUUAUUUUCCCUUUGUAUUUAAAGUAUUAAUGUAUUAUGCCUGUUGCUCCAUCAACAGAUAAAGAUAUCGGCCUGAUGAUUAUAUGAUUAUUUUAGCUUCUUCAUUUAUUUCCCUUGCUGGGCCAAAUUAGCUCUGACUUAAAGUUCCAAGAACGUCUUGUAAAUGUGUAUGAUUUAAUCCCUGAAACAAUCCCUGGGCAUAGAUACUAGUGUCUCUACUGCACAGAGGGAGUUGAGGGGCAGAGAAGGUAAACAAUUUCUGGCAUCACCCCCCAAGUGCAGUCAAACUCCAGCUCUGUUAGGUUGUGUGAACUUGGGUAAGGCUCAUACCCUCCAUAACAUGCAGUUUUCUCAUCUGUGAAAGGAAGAUGGCUUAGCACUUACCUUCUGUGGUUGAUCUGAGGUUGUUCAGUGAGUUGCUGUGAAGAGUUGUGACCAGUGCAUGGCACAUAGUAAGUGCUCAAUAGACGUCAUCUCUUGGUUAAAUACUGAGUAUCUUUUAAAGUUCAGGGGUCAUCCAGGAAAUCCUCCUCUUACGUAUUACAGGGCAAGAAGCUCCUAUCCACAAUUUGGAGAUCCAGAAUCCUUUGAAACUGCGGAUUUUUUUCAUGUUAUCAUUUUAGUGGGAAAACCUUACGUGAUUUGAACUCAUUUGGUGCCACAGCCUGACUUGCGCUAACAGGAAACUGCUGCCAGUCUGCUUUCUCCCCACCUAGUUGUGACUAUGCCCACCUGUUGCUGCAGAAAUACUACUUUUGGAUCAUGUUGGUGCUGCCCCAGAGUCCAGUUGGGGUGUUUUGAAAUAUAUGAUAAAUACACCUUUUCAGAAUCUGAAAAACCUUUUAAAAUUAUCAUUUUAAAAUCUGUGAACUCCCAAAUUCUGAAACGCAUCUGGCCCUUAGGGUUUAGGGCAAUAGAUUAUGGACCUAUGUGAGCAUGCACUUAAAUGUCUGUUUUCCUUCUUAGUCUGCAGACUCCUGGAGAGCUGGGCCUGUGUUUAAUCCAUGUGUAGGCCCAGUUCUUGGCACAUAAUAGGCAUUCAGUCAGUGUUUGGUGAGAGGAUGAACUAUGCCAGAACAUGCCAGUUAGGUGAUGGGAAACAGACUUGAGAGCAGCACCUUAUUUUUCCUGGAACGGAGACAAAACAGACUGCCUUCAGUUCACAAGAGGCUGAACUGUGUUACUUUUUGGGCACUUAAAAAUGUUCCCUGUAAUGAGAAAUUUGGUAGCAAAUAAAAAAAAAACAUUAAAAAGCAAAACUUAAUGCCAAUACUGUAUUGUCAGUACCUCUGACUUCCGUUUUCCUCUGUCACCCACUCGCCCCCCGCAGCUCUGGAUUGUUGGCUGACUUCUUGAGAAAGAAAGCCACAUGGGAGUAUCUGUAAUUGGAAGACUACUUGGGUGACUUUCAUUGGUGAGUUUGUGAGAUAAACAAAUUCAAGGAUGAGUGAGCUGGAACAGUUGAGGCAGGAGGCUGAGCAGCUGCGAAAUCAGAUCCAGGAUGCUAGGAAGGCAUGUAAUGAUGCAACACUCGUUCAGAUCACAGCAAAUAUGGAUUCCGUGGGUCGAAUACAGAUGCGAACAAGACGCACACUGAGGGGUCACCUAGCUAAAAUCUAUGCUAUGCACUGGGGAUAUGAUUCAAGGCUACUAGUCAGUGCUUCCCAAGAUGGAAAAUUAAUUAUUUGGGAUAGCUAUACAACAAAUAAGAUGCAUGCUAUUCCUUUGAGGUCCUCCUGGGUGAUGACCUGUGCUUAUGCUCCCUCUGGUAAUUACGUUGCUUGUGGAGGACUGGACAACAUCUGCUCUAUAUAUAACUUAAAAACCAGAGAAGGAAAUGUGAGAGUGAGCCGAGAGUUACCGGGUCACACAGGCUACUUGUCCUGCUGUCGUUUUUUAGAUGACAGCCAAAUUGUUACGAGUUCAGGAGAUACAACUUGUGCUUUAUGGGACAUUGAAACUGCCCAGCAGACCACUAUAUUCACUGGGCAUUCUGGAGAUGUGAUGAGUCUUUCUCUGAGUCCCGACAUGAGGACUUUUGUUUCUGGUGCUUGUGAUGCCUCUUCCAAAUUAUGGGAUAUUCGCGAUGGAAUGUGUAGACAGUCUUUCACUGGACAUGUGUCAGAUAUUAACGCCGUCAGUUUUUUCCCAAAUGGAUACGCCUUUGCCACUGGCUCUGAUGAUGCCACUUGCCGGCUCUUUGACCUUCGUGCAGACCAGGAGUUACUGCUGUAUUCUCAUGACAACAUCAUCUGUGGGAUCACUUCCGUAGCCUUCUCAAAAAGCGGGCGUCUCCUGUUAGCUGGCUAUGAUGACUUCAACUGUAACGUGUGGGACACGCUCAAAGGAGAUCGUGCAGGUGUUCUUGCUGGUCAUGACAACCGUGUCAGCUGUUUAGGUGUAACUGAUGAUGGCAUGGCUGUGGCAACAGGGUCUUGGGACAGUUUUCUUAGAAUCUGGAAUUAACAGUGCAUAACAGAUUUUCUGUUCUCCACCGAUAUCUGGAGAAAUCCGUACUACAGCCUAUAGCUGUGAAAAAAGAAUUUACCUUAUAUUUGCAGGUGAAGAUUUUUCUAUUGAGAUUAUUAUAUACAAAAAAAGAAGCUUUCAAGUAAACUACAAUACAAAAAAAAGGUGAAAAAAAUAAGGUAAAGGUGCUUGCUAAGAUCAGAAGGACCAGUGUAUUAGAGAAGUUGAGCUAACUUAACCUUGAAUUUUUGCUCGUACUCAGUCUAUUUGUGUAGAACAGAAUGUAUACACUAUAGCAGCCUGUCAUGUUUGAUUGUAUGUAUGUGUUGCAUUUUUAAAGAACUAUAUUUUUAACUUUGUAUACAUAAGAUUAAGUGUCACAUUUUUGAGUUUUGUAAUGGAGGAACCAGGCACAGGAAUAGAUGAAGUGAUACCGUAGGUGUGUGUACUGAUGUUGGAAGAAAGUCUCUUUGAACUCCGUUCUUUCUUUCUGAUCUGAAAGAAAUCCUGGUCACUACUGGUUAAGAAUGCUGAUAGGCCUAGGUACCGCGGAGGGGAGUCCUUCUGAUUAUCAUUAGUUUCUAGUACAUCGUUUGCCAUCUUAUCAAUUGAAGUAAGUGCUCAUAUUCGGUUCCUUUGAAGGGGACAUAAUCAUAAGGCAGGCCAGGGAAUAGAGCUCUCACUCUGAAAUUUUAGACAUACAUAAGAAACUUGUAUUAUGUUAAUAGGUAGAUAGCAGUAAUCACAUAUAAAUGUAGGCAUUUUAAAAAGCUGGUUAGGAUCAAAUGACACUUUAGAUAGCAUUCUAAAUAGUUGGGCUUUCCUAUUGAUUUCAUAUUCUAGAACUGAGUUAUAGAGUGCCCUCCCUGUUUCAGAAGAUUGAUAAACAUUUGGAUUGUCCUUGCAUCUGAAGAAUUUCCCCGCAAUGUUCUCCAUCAGUAUUCAUCUAGACAGGAAAUACAAUGUAACAGCAUUACAUUUUUGAAAGAAGUGUAAAAGCUAACCAAUCACUAGACAUGACGAGUUAUCAUUGUAACAAGGUUGCUUUUUAUGAAUUUAUGUUCACAUAAUACAAAAUCUGAAUUGAUGGAAACUAUCUGUGCCUUCAAAAACUUAAAAAGGAAACAUUCAAGCUUUUUGAUCUUAAUAUUUCUUUCCUUUGCACAAAAUAUUGGUUUCUAAGUGGUUUUGCUUCAAAGAAAAUCUAAAGUGAGCCCCGCUUUAAAGCAAAAAGAAAAUUCUAAGAGCAGUUCUUCAAGGAGCCAGAGGAAAAUACUAAUAAGCAGUUCCUCUGCUUGUCAAUGAUACAAUAAUGUGGCUAUUACUAGAGCGUGCCCCCCUGAGCUUAAACAAAGGUACUUUCCCCUUUGGAUUUUCUCUACAGAUAACCCAAAUGAUUGACAAUAGAAGAUUGUUAGUCUUGCCUGAUGGUGAAGUCUUGGGGUUUUUCCAAUAAAGAAGUGUAUUGUGUUUUGUAACUUAGUAAACUGUCAGUUACUGUUGAGAUAGGUCUGUUAACUUUUGAUCACUUGUAACCCUAACCUAAAUACUCCCAAAUUUUAUUUGUAAAUUUUCAUUUUUAUAUUGUGAAUGUGCUAAUAAGUGCACCAACCUUAUUAAGUAUAAUUAAGUCAGUAACAGUUUUGUGUAGAUCAGUUGAUACUAAAAGAGAAUAAAAUGGAAAGAGGAUGAUUAAGAUACAGGACCAAAAAACCCAGACUAUUGUAGAUAGCAGGCAUGAAUGUGUACUUAUAUACAAGAUUUCUAUGAACUUUUGCUGUUAAUGAUUAUGGACUAUUUACAUCACUUCAUAAAGAGCAGCUCUUUGAGAUAAGGUAAGGAUAUUUUAAAGGAACAUACUCAUUUCCAGAAAUAGGGAUGGUUGCCAUGUGGUUCAGCAAUUUAUUCCAAAAUCCUGUUCAAGAAAGCACUUCUGCCAUGUGCAAUAUAGCCUUAUAAAGAGUAUCUCCUCUACUUUGUUGGUGAUUCUAGUAAUAAGACACUUCAGCCAGAGAGGCACACAGACAAGUAUUCUAGUCUUAAACAUGUUAAUAAAAAUGAUUUGAUGUUAUUAAAUUUUUUAUAGUUAAAAGGCAUUUCCCAUAAUUAAAUAUGUACUAGGCAACUGAAAACUGACCACUGUUAUAGCUAAUUAUACAUGAAUGACUGAAUGGUGACCUUAUUACCACAUUAAUUUAGUUUUUAAAUCUUUUGUUUUCUAGAGGUAUGCGUUCCAGUUGCUAGAUAUAUUUGUUUACUUGUGGUUUUGAGUUCAGCAGAUUGACCAUUUCUUUUGUGCAUAAGACUUCCUGAAAUCAGUAAGAGUGUAUAAUUUAUAGAAGUACAGUAUAGUUUGAAUCUUAGUUUUUCAAAAUCUUAAUAUGCCCGUACGUUGUAGUAAGAAAUUUGCAUCAAUAUUGUAGUUCUGGUGCCUAAUAAUUUUUCUUUUUACCUUGUAAGAAAGAUUUAAACAUAAUGUGCCUCAGUAGGUUUACUUAUAGAUUCUUUAUUCACUUCAUAAAGAACAGUUUUUAAGAUGUUGCAAGAAUAUCUUAAAGGCACAUAUUCUUUUCUAAAACAAAGUGGAGGGAUUGCCACGUGAUUCAGCACAUCAUCCCAUAAACCUGCCCAAGAAAGCACUUCGUGCUGUCAGUAAGGACAUUGCUUUCACUCUGAUGGAAAGGCCUCAUUUUUGGCAGCUAUGCUAUUAGAGAUUUAGACUACGUACUCCAAGGUCCUCCCUAGCUCAGAUUUUUACAGUUGUGAGUCCAUGGUUACAACAGCAUGUUGAGUUCCAUCUUCAGAGAGGCAAAGAUUUGGCUUAAUAUUUCAAGAGAUACUUAACUAUCAAGAAAUACUUCUCAAUUCUCCAAUAGAGCCUAGUAGGCAAUCUCCUUAUUUUAAUUUAGAGUCAGCUGAACUGAUUAAUAUUGCAUGAUGAUAGUAAAUUAGUCUCCUAGACAUAACAGAUGUAGAUGCUUCUCGAAUAUGUUAAGUCAUUUUAAAGUUAACCUAUUGAAAGAGAAAUGGAGCUUCUCCAGGUGACAAAAUGAAAUUUUUAUUAUUGUUAAAAAAAAUACCGUGUCAAUAUUACAUGGCUAAUCUCCAACACUUUUGAUGUGUUAGAUUUAGUAAUAAAUUAAGACUUUAACUGUUUUAAAAAUGAAGAUGUUCAGGGAAAUUUAUGCUUGAUUAUUGGUGAAUGUCUCAGUUUAAAUUAUAACACAGUUGAACACUUGUGACCUACCUGUUGAUGUGUUUAAGGUUAAUGGAAACCGAUUAAACAAUCUCCCAAAUGGGCCUAUCAUUUUAAUAAUAAUGUUCUAAAACCUUUAGGGUAUGAUUCAGGCUUAAAAACAUUUUAAAGUUAAGUGCUAUGUUCAGUUUCUAAUACCCCUUUUGCCAUUGUGAAAAGUGAAAUUUUAAAUGGUUUCUUACCUCCUGUUAGAAUUUUUAAAACACUCACCAGUCAGACUAUCUUUCUUGUGAGAAAGGGUAGCACAAUGAAUAAAAUUGGUAUUUUAAAUUAGAUUAAGUAGAAUGUGAAGUACAUUUCAUAAUUAAUUUUUCUCCCAUUUUCAGUUGUCUUAAAUUCAGUGCAGUAUUUAAAAAUGUUGGUUCUAAUAGGUACUCAUUAAAAUGGUGUGUGAUUGAAUGUCUAAGCUAGCAUAGUUUAAAAAAGUAAUUUAUUAAUCAGAUUGAUGGUACACCUUGUAUUUAGCAAAUUUGUUUGCAUGUUGAUAAAAUUUCCUGUCUUUUUUCUUAAAUCCAAUUAUUGAGCCUAUAAAAUAGUUGAUUAAUGCAGCAUAUGAAAAACUGGUUAUGUGUUUCAACUGGUGUUAUAUGUGCCUGACAAAAUCUUACAUCAUCCAGUAUUUAUUUUUUAAUAGAACUUCAGUGAUAUACUUGGUAAAUACUUCAAGCCUUUUCUGUCUCUUACACAAUGGUGCUCUAUCCUAUUGUUUUCUCUUUUCCAAGAAGCAUCUGAACACUUGCAUUUGCGUAUUCUUAUCCAAAGGCAUUGACAUCUAAGUGGGUUUUUAAAGUUAUCAAAAUGUUUUUCUUCACCUAGAAUGGUUUCUACACUUGUGGCCAACUGAAUCUGAAUGUCAGUAGUUUGCAGUUAGACUAUGGGAAGGUGAAUGUACUAGAUUAAAGCUCUUAUAAAAAGCUUUCCACCAAACUAUGGACUUGUAUCAUGAUUUAGCAGUACUCUUGGAUCUUUCCUGCACAGUGAUUCCUUCCUUUAUGUGUGCAGUAGCUCUGUGAAAUAAUGUUGCUGUGAAUUGAUACUGUAAUCAAUAAAGUGCUUUUAACCAGA